CCCCUCCUCCUCCUCCUCCAUUUAUUUAUUUAUUUACUCUUGCACCCGGGACAGAGAGGGGAGAGGGAGGCAGGGGGGCUCGGCCCGGCCCGGCCAUGAACGCCAGCGCGGCCCUGGAGGCCUGCCUGCAGCUGGCGGCCCAGGGCCACAGCCGCCUCCUGCUGCUGCACUACAACCACUCGGGGCGCCUGGCGGGCCGCGGCGGGCCCGGGGAGGCGCCGGCGGCGGCGGGCGGCGGGGUGCUGCGCGGCCUCUUUGUGGCCGUGAGCUGCCUGGUGGUGCUGGAGAACCUGCUGGUGCUCGCGGCCAUCGUGCUCCGCCUGCGCUCGCGCCGCUGGGUGUACUACUGCCUGCUCAACAUCGCGCUCAGCGACCUGCUCACCGGCGCCGCGUACCUGGCCAACGUGCUGCUGUCGGGCGCGCGCACCUUCCGCCUGGCGCCCGAGCAGUGGUUCCUGCGCGAGGGGCUGCUCUUCACGGCGCUGGCCGCGUCCACCUUCAGCCUGCUCUUCACGGCGGCCGAGCGCUUCGCCACCAUGGUGCGGCCGGUGGCCGAGAGCCGCGCCACCAAGACGGGCCGCGUGUACGGGCUCAUCGGGCUGUGCUGGCUGCUGGCCGCGCUGCUGGGGCUGCUGCCGCUGCUCGGCUGGAACUGCGUGUGCGCCUUCCCGCGCUGCUCCAGCCUGCUGCCGCUCUACGCCAAGGAAUACAUCCUCUUCUGCGUGGCCGUCUUCGGCCUGGUGCUGGCCUCCAUCCUGCUGCUCUACGGGGCCAUCUUCCGCGUGGUGCGCGCCAACGGGCGCCAGGCCCCGCGCCCCGCCGCGCGGCGCAAGGCGCGCCGGCUGCUCACCACCGUCCUGCUCAUCCUGGCCGCCUUCGUCCUGUGCUGGGGCCCGCUCUUCGGCCUGCUGCUGGCCGACGUCUUCGGCUCCAACGUCUGGGCGCAGGAGUACCUGCGCGGCAUGGACUGGAUCCUGGCGCUGGCCGUGCUCAACUCGGCCGUCAACCCGCUCAUCUACUCCUUCCGCAGCCGGGAGGUGCGCCGGGCCGUGCUGGGCUUCCUGUGCUGGGGCUGCCUCCGCCUGGGCCUGCGGGGCCCCCAGGACUGCCUGGCGCGGGCCGUCGAGGGUCCCUCCGGGGUGUCCACCACCGACAGCUCACUGCGGCCCCGCGACAGUUUCCGGGGCUCCCGCUCGCUGAGUUUCCGCAUGCGGGAGCCGCUGUCCAGCAUCUCCAGCGUCCGGAGCGUCUGAGGGACGCGGGGACAGGAGCAGGGGCCCUGUGCAGCAUCUCCGGAGUCCAGAACGUCGGAAGGAUGCAGGGACCGGAGCAGGGACCGGAGCAGGGGCCCGUACAGCAUCUUCAGCGUCAAGGAUCUUCUGAGGGAUGGCAGGGGUCUCGGGGACUGAAAGCAGGUGCCUCUCCAGCAUCUCCAAUGUCUGGUGCGUCUGAAGGAUGCAGGGACCGGAGCAGGGACCAGAGCAGGGGCCGUGCCGCAUCUUCAGUGUCCAGGAGCAUUUGAGGGACGGUGGGGGCAACAGGGGCUGCAAAAGCAGGUGCCUGCUCUCUGCCACGGCGUCCGGGUGUGAGAGCCAGAGUGUGGGGGGGCCCUCUUUCUGUCUCUGCUGAUUCUGGGCCAGUGCCAGCCCCUUGCAGGGGGCUCCCAGGCUGUCUAGGUAGGGAUGGGGGGGCGCCAUGGGUGGAGGCCCCAACCAUGUAGAUGUUCAUGGGGGCUGAGAUGGCUCGGAGCCCCCUGGUUCCUGUGUGUACCCCCUCCCCCCGGGAGGGACACGGAUGGGCAGCUCUGGGGUGUGGGCUGUGAGUAUGCAAAUGAACUGUGAGCUCUGGGGGUGCUGCCGGGGGUGGGGGGAAAGCAGAGCAAGUGAGGGGUGCAGGUGACUGGUUGUGUGUGCAGGUGUGACAGGCCUCCGGCCGAGGCUGGUCCAGGGCAUGUGACAUUCUUCUCAAGGUGUUCUGUAUUUUUUUGUUGUUUUUUUGUUUUGGUUUUGCUUUUUGGGUCACACCCGGCGAUGCUCAGGGGUUCCUCCUGGCUCUGCACUCAGGAAUUACUCCUGGCGGUGCUCGGGGGACCAUAUGGGAUGCCGGGGAUCGAACUCAGGUCGGCCGCGUGCAAGGCAAGUGCCCUCCCCGCUGUCCUAUCGUGCCAGCCCCUUGUCAGAAUAUUCUGUGCUCACUCACUCCCGCUUGUUCCCCUGUCUCUGACCCACUGACUUCCUGACCCCAUGGGGCCCAGUCUAGGGGACGGCCGUGAGUGGCCACUCUGUGCGGUUUCUUGGAACAAGCACGGCCUUCCUGAGCCCUGGUGUCCUCUGGGCCAUCAGUAUGGGUGCUGUCAUAGGAGGUGAGAAAAAAAUGGGGUAGGUCGCCCUAAGGUGUCACAUCUUGCAUCCGAUCAGGUCCGGUACCCCUCCCCCCCAGCUCCUGACCUUUCUGGGGUUCAUAAGCCUUGACAGAGCCUGCAGGGAAGUGGCUCAGAGGACUGGAGCCCAGUCUUUGCACGUGGGAACCUGACACUCCAGGUCCCUGAGCACUGUCGGAGCACCCCGAGCACUGUGAUGGGAGCACCUCCCCCAGUAAGAGAAAUUAUCCUGAUGCACUCAGUGACCUACGUACAGAUUAGACAACACAGCACAAGACCCCCAAUGCCGAGGACUCAGUCUCUUGUCUUCCCCCUCCCCCUGAGAUGCUUCUGGGACCCUCACUGUUUCACUUUCUUCUUACCAUGGUCUGGCCAGAAUCUUUCGAUUCUCGCAGUUUAAGCCACUGAACUGUGGUCUCGGGGGCUGGGGGUCUGGGCUUCCAGGGGAGGGGCCCUAGGUGCACCCCGACUCUUCUACCUCCUCCAGCAAGCCCCAAAGCCACUGUGG